AUGGUGAAGAAAUCGGCCAACGGGGAAGUUUAUCACCCCCCGGCAGGAGAGAAGAAACUGAAAGUCGGCUUUGUGGGACUGGACCCCGGGGCUGCGGAGACGAGCCGAGACGGGGCACUUCUCAUCGCCGGUUCCGACAGCACAAAAAGGGGCAGCAUCCUAUGCAGACCACGGUCCAGCAUCUCCAGGGGCAGAAUAGCUCACAAAAGGAACGCACGCUAUCGCAGACUGCAAAAUUUCCUUUAUAAUGCUUUGGAAAGACCCCGUGGCUGGGCGUUCAUUUACCACGCUUAUGUAUUUCUGCUGGUGUUUUCCUGCCUGGUUUUGUCUGUGUUUGCAACUAUCAAAGAAUUCAAGAAAAGCUCUGAGAGUGCCUUGUACAUCCUGGAAAUUGUGACGAUUGUGGUGUUUGGUGUGGAGUAUAUUGUGAGGAUAUGGGCAGCCGGGUGUUGUUGUCGCUACAGAGGAUGGAGAGGAAGGCUGAGAUUUGCACGCAAACCCUUCUGUAUCAUUGAUAUCAUGGUCUUGUUUGCCUCUGUGUCUGUGCUGGCCGCUGGCUCACAGGGGAAUGUUUUUGCCACCUCUGCCAUUCGGAGUUUAAGGUUUCUUCAGAUCCUGCGAAUGUUGCGCAUGGACCGCCGCGGUGGCACAUGGAAGCUGCUGGGAUCUGUGGUUUAUGCGCACAGCAAGGAACUCAUUACAGCAUGGUAUAUUGGAUUCCUGUGUCUUAUCCUGGCAUCUUUCUUAGUGUAUUCAGUGGAGAAGGAUGACAAUGCAGCGAUGUUCGAGACCUAUGCAGACGCCCUCUGGUGGGGGCUGAUCACUCUUACAACUAUUGGUUAUGGGGACAAGUUUCCUGUCACAUGGAAUGGACGUUUGAUUGCUGCCACCUUCAGUUUGAUCGGUGUUGCAUUUUUUGCUCUUCCUGCAGGUAUCCUGGGCUCUGGUUUUGCUCUUAAGGUUCAAGAACAGCACAGACAGAAACAUUUUGAGAAGCGUCGUAAUCCUGCUGCAGGACUUAUUCAGGCUGCUUGGAGAUUUUAUGCUACAAACCUUGCACGAACAGACCUAUUGUCCACAUGGGAGUUUUAUGAGCAGACUGUAUCAGUCCCAAUGUACAGACUCAUCCCUCCUGUAAAUCAAAUGGAUAUUUUAAGAAGCCUGAAGGGAAAAUCUGGUUUCAGGAAGGAUUCCCAGCCAGACACCACCCUAAGUCGCAAGGCCAGCUUUAAAGAGAAAGGCAGUCCCAGCCCCACUAAGAGCACUGGGGGAAAGGAGGCCAAGACUCCCAAGGCAGCGGAGGGAUUUAAAGAGAGUCCAAGCAAAGUUACCAAGAGCUGGAGCUUCACAGACCGGAACCGACAAAAGCAAGCUUUCAGAAUGAAAGAGGGAGCUUCACGUCAGAACUCUGAAGAGGCAAGUCUUCCAGAGGAGAUUGGGGACGACGGGGGCUAUCAAUGCGAGUUUGUGCCAGAUCUGUCUCCAGGACUCAAGGUCACCAUCAGAGCAAUCUGUGUUAUGAGGUUCCUGGUGUCUAAGAGGAGAUUUAAGGAAAGCCUCAGGCCCUAUGAUGUGAUGGAUGUGAUAGAGCAGUAUUCAGCAGGCCAUCUGGACAUGCUCUCACGCAUCAAAAACCUGCAGUCCAGGAUAGAUUUGAUUGUGGGUCCCCCUCCCCCCUCAACCCCUCGUCAAAAGAAAGUGGAUCAAAUUGUGGGAAAAGGAGCAGUGGCAGGAGAGAAGGACAAAUUUAAAAGUGAUGCAGAGAUGGCUGAAGACCCCAGUAUGAUGGGACGCCUGAACAAGAUGGAAAAACAGGUGGGGGGAAUGGACCUUAAACUCAACUUUUUGGUCAGUGUGUACACCACACAUAUGGGCAUUCCGCGUUCUGAGACCGAAGCCCUUCUGGGAUUUAAAAUGUCUUACCCUGCACCUCCCUACCACAGCCCAGAUGACAAGAGUGAGAAAGCACCGAAUGACAAAGAGGAGGAGAAUAAUAAUAAUAAUAAGAGCGUGUCCCCUGUCAAACCUGGCCCAAAUAGGACCCCAAGUGUCAGCCAGUGUCAACCCUCUACCUCAUGGCACCAGCAGGAGGAACUUCCUCUCAACGUGCCUCUCUGGAACAACAGCCGAGGAGUGUCACCGAUCACUGAUGACCCCUCGCUGUACCGCAUCCCACCUCCACCUUUCCACGAGAGCACGGACAACAGCCGCUCACAUAGGCCGAGGAGACCGAGGCAGCAGGUGGUCAUCGAAAGUGACACAUCCCUCUCCAUUCCCUCAGUGGACCAUGAAGAACUAGAGCGUUCUUUUAGUGGUUUCAGCAUUUCUCAGGCCAGGGAAGAGGAUUAUGUGCCUCCUGUGAGUCUGGGGCUGUUUGGUGGAGGGGGAGCGUUGUGCACCCAUCUCAGGCCGUACCUAGCUGAAGGAGAGUCUGAUACAGACUCUGACAUGUAUACACCUGGAGCACUGUCCCCUCUGUCUUUUACCGGGGAGGGGACCUUUGGUGACAGGGUCUUGCCUGGUCCGAAGUAG